AUAGAACUCCAGCGUUCCUAUUUCCACGCAUUAGUGCAAUCGUAAAAGGAACCAUUUUUUACACAGUGAUCAUCUCAAUAUUAGGAAGAAACCCAAUGUCUGCCUGCAGUAGUUCAUCUCCUUCGUCCUUACCUAAAGCAUAUUCUCAUUCUCAUCAUCCAGCUGCUCCGCCAACCCCUUCGCCGUCCCCGAGCCCACCGGCGACACUUUACAGUAGACUGUCCAACGGUAGCCUAAGCGCUCCAAGUCCGACCCACUCCCGCGGCUCCUUUCACGGAGUCUCCUUCCUUCUCCAGAUCGGACUCACUAGGGAGACGGUUAACCUGGAGGCGCACGAUCUCUCCCUUUCUGCUGUCAAAGACCUCGUUUGUUCAAUAGUGGACCAAAAGUUCCCGGAGUGCGGCUUCUUUGGCAUGUACGACAAGAUCCUCCUCUUCCGCCAUGACCUGACCUCUGAGAACAUCCUGCAGCUGUUGACGUCGGCGGAGGACAUCCACGAGGGGGACCUGAUCGAGGUCGUCCUGUCGGCUUUGGCGACGGUUGAGGACUUUCAGAUCCGGCCUCACACCCUGUACGUGCACUCCUACAAGGCCCCCACCUUCUGCGACUACUGCGGAGAGAUGCUCUGGGGUCUGGUGCGGCAGGGCCUCAAAUGCGAAGGCUGCGGGCUCAACUACCACAAGCGCUGCGCCUUCAAGAUCCCCAACAACUGCAGCGGGGUGCGCAAGAGACGUCUGUCCAACGUGUCCCUGCCGGGACCCUCGCUGUCCGCCGUCCCCCGCCCCGCCCCCGCCGAGCAUCCUGCUGCCGCGACUCCAGAGGAGCGCUCCCACCAGGAGGCUGGCAAGCGCGUGCCGUCGUGGAGCGGCCGGCCCAUCUGGAUGGAGAAGAUGGUCCUGGGCCGGGUCAAGGUGCCCCACACCUUCGUCAUCCACACCUACACCCGGCCCACCAUCUGCCAGUACUGCAAACGGCUGCUCAAAGGCCUGUUUCGCCAGGGUAUGCAGUGCAAAGACUGUAAAUUUAACUGCCACAAGAGGUGCGCGUCGAAGGUACCGAGGGACUGUCUCGGCGAGGUCAUCUUCAACGGAGAGCCGGCCAGCCCGGGGCCAGACUCGGACACCACCAUGGAGGUGGACAUCAGCGACGGGACGAGCGAGAACAGCCGGGGCCUGGACGACUCAGAGGAGCCCUCCCCCGCCGAGGACAAGAUCUUCUUCAUGGACUCGACCUACCUGGACGGGGAGAAGGACGAGGAGGCCAGCAAAGCCAUCAGCCCCCCCACCAGCAGUAACAUCCCGCUGAUGCGGGUGGUGCAGUCUGUCAAGCACACCAAGAGGCGGAGCUCCACCAUGGUGCGCGAGGGCUGGAUGGUGCACUACACCAGCAGGGACAACCUGAGGAAGAGGCAUUACUGGAGGCUGGACAGCAAGAGCUUGACCCUGUUUCAGAACGACACUGGGGCCAAGUACUACAAGGAGAUUCCACUGUCGGAGAUACUUCAGGUGGAGGUGGCGCGGGACUUCGGCAGCCUGGCACAGGGGAGCAACCCACACUGCUUCGAGAUCAUCACCGACACCAUGGUGUACUACGUGGGGGAGAACCACGGCGGGAACUACCACAACCCCGCGCUGGCCGCCUCGGGGGUGGGCCUGGAGGUGGCGCAGGGCUGGGAGAAGGCCAUCCGGCAGGCGCUGAUGCCUGUCACGCCCCAGCCCAGUGUCUGCACGGCCGGCGGACAGGGCAAGGACCACAAAGAGUUGUCUAUCAGCAUAUCUGUGUCCAACUGCCAGAUCCAGGAGAAUGUGGAUGUCAGCUCAGUCUACCAGAUCUUUGCUGAUGAAGUCUUGGGCUCCGGACAGUUUGGAAUUGUGUAUGGCGGCAAACAUCGGAAAACGGGAAGGGACGUCGCCAUCAAAGUGAUUGACAAAAUGAGGUUUCCCACCAAGCAGGAGAGCCAGCUCCGCAACGAGGUUGCCAUUCUGCAGAACUUGCAUCACCCCGGGAUCGUCAACCUGGAGUGCAUGUUCGAGACGCCCGAGAGGGUGUUCGUCGUCAUGGAGAAGCUCCACGGAGACAUGCUGGAGAUGAUCCUGUCCAGCGAGAGGAGCAAGCUCCCAGAGCGCAUCACCAAGUUCCUGGUCACUCAGAUCUUGGUGGCGUUGAGGCACCUGCAUUUCAAGAACAUCGUCCACUGCGACCUGAAGCCAGAGAACGUGUUGCUGGCCUCUGCGGAACCUUUCCCUCAGGUCAAGCUGUGCGACUUCGGCUUUGCGCGCAUCAUCGGCGAGAAGUCCUUCCGCCGCUCGGUGGUGGGCACGCCGGCGUACCUGGCGCCCGAGGUCCUGCGCAGCAAGGGCUACAACCGCUCGCUGGACAUGUGGUCCGUGGGCGUCAUCGUCUACGUCAGCCUGAGCGGCACCUUCCCCUUCAACGAGGACGAGGACAUCAACGACCAGAUCCAGAACGCCGCCUUCAUGUACCCGCCCACGCCCUGGAAGGAGAUCUCCGAGGAAGCGACAGAUCUGAUAAACAACCUUCUGCAAGUGAAGAUGAGAAAGAGGUACAGCGUGGAUAAGUCUCUGAGCCACCCAUGGCUGCAGGACUAUCAGACGUGGUUGGACCUCAGGGAAUUCGAAACACGAAUAGGGGAGCGCUACAUAACCCAUGAGAGUGAUGACGCCCGCUGGGAGGAGUACGCCAGCAAGCACCAGCUUGCAUACCCCAAGCACUUCAUCAUGGCGCCAAACCUGGAUGACAUGGACGAGGACCCCUAGAGGCCAGGAGGACCACCUGCGCGCAACGCGGGGAACACCCUCUGCCUGUGAUAGACCUUGGGAAGCACCUUCCGCCCCUGCAAACGGCUGCCCCAGCAACUGUUGGACACUGCCUGAGUUCUGGCACUGUGCAAAGGCGUAUGUUUGACCUGAGAUGGUCCAGCAGCGUGCACUACCACACAGUACCAAGAGGGGGCGCAAAGCGACGUGAGCGUUCCACUGCAGCGGACAUGAGACCAAUGGAUGAAGUGGACUCUUUUUUUCUGUCUUGUAAUAGGCUGAAACUCAUUCCAGAGCCGAAAUGAAGGUCACUCUGAACCUUUUGAAAAUACUGACUUUUUACAAGCCAUAAAUAUGCACACGUUGUAUAUAUUGAGGUAGAAAUAUAACUUUCCCUGUAUUUUGGUAGCUCAGAAUAGUAACAAUCCUAUUUGCGCAGUCACUCCACCCUGCAAAGGGCUAAACGCUUAGACCAA